AUGGAGAACCCAAAUGCCUUGGCUGAUCUCUCCACUUUGGUGGAGCGAACUCUACUUGACACUGGGCGGCUAUUUCGCAAGUCAGGCUCUAUGCCCGCCAGUGCACACUUACAGCGAUCAAUCCCAUCAUAUUAUGAGAGCUUCCAAGAAGCGCUAGAUAAUCUAUCGGAACAGAUUUUCAUCGCCAAGGCGUUCUUGGAAAAGGACUACGAGGCUAUCAAGGCACGUGAAGCCGUACCAGCCACAGAAGAUGUGUCAUUUAAGUGUGUAGAGGAGAAGGCGGUGCAGGACACCCCUCAAACCGUGGAUGCGAAGAUGGAAGGCCAGGAGCCCGAGAUCAAGAGCAAAAUUGAAAUUGAGCCGCCCGCUCCUACCGAACCCAUUUCUGGGCCGCAGCCCAGCCAGGAUGCGACAGUAAAAGAAGAAAAGCAGGCCAGUAAUGGCCCCGGUGAUCAAGUCUUCGGACAAGACGCCGAUGGCAUCAAUUUUGAUUCGGUCCUCAAUGAGAACGGCGGGUCCAAUUCCUUUCAACUUAGCCUGGACUUUGGCGACGAUGAUAUGGGGAAUCAAGCCUUCCUUUCUGGGACGGGAUUUGGGGCUGCGCCUGGAGAGACCCCUGGCACUUCCACUUCCCAGCUGGAGACUUCUACCAUGGCCCCUGCUGGCGGGGGUGCGUUUGAUAUGGAGCUACAGAAGAGUGAAGGGGAGCCCCAAGCAUUCACGGAAGGCAAUGCGAUGGAUGAUAUGAUGGGACCUGGAGAAUCCAACUUCGAUGAUCUAUUCAUGGAGAACGAGAAUUUGGAUGGGACCGGGGAACUCAAUCAGCUGGAGGGGGAUAGCUUGAUGAAUCUCAAUGAGCUAGAUGAUAAUUGGUUUAGUUAA